CCUUUCAGCCGCCAUCUUGUCAAACUGCGUCUAGGUCAUCACCGCUACUGGGCUCCUCCUUAAGCAUUCCUUCAACCCUACACUCGACAAGCCGCGCAGGAGCGCGCUUCUCAACUGGCUUAAUACCCCAACAUUAUUUAUCAUGAGCGGCCGUCCUUUUAAUCACCCAUCACCUUCGACAACAAGCCUGCUUCCGAAAGCUUCUCCCACCCCAGCAGCAGGCUCCUCACGCCCUUCCCCCAGCGUGCGGUCGUCUGCUAGCCAUCCGUCUUCGAUAUCAGAAAAGUAUUCGUUAUCCCAUUCACCGCACGAAUGGGGUCUGCCCUUACUCAUGUCUACGCCCGAACCCGACGAUGUCAUUCAUAACCCUGACCCGCGACGAGACAGACGAAAUGACCAAGGGGGUUCAGUUUUCACUGUACGUGGACUAGGAAACCUUGGAUGUCUUUCUAUCCUUGCCACCGGUUGCUUGGCACUAUUCGCCGGCUAUCCAAUCUUAACGCAUUUCAUCGAUCACAAGCAAACGAAUCAAGGGGGAUUCAACUUGGGAGGAAUCAAUGCAACCGGCCAAGUACCCGCCCUUCCGGGAAACCAUGGUCUCAUCGACCGAGAUACGCCGCAAAGCGCCUACACGACCAAAUCUUAUCAUACUGGUGAUGAGAUGGUUUUAGUUUUUUCCGACGAGUUCAACGUGGAUGGCCGCACAUUCUACCCUGGAGAUGACCCCUUUUGGGAAGCUGUGGAUCUGCAUUACUGGGGGACU